CCAGCCCAUGAUUCAUGAUUGAAUCUCCUUGCACGAUUAAUAAUCAUCAUCCUAAUUUGCAUUACAUUUGAGGAGAGAUACAGAGAUACCCAAUAAUAUACAGUGAUAAAUAGAGAGAGAUUCGUAUGUACAUAUAUGUAUAAUAAGAAAAUGACAAGCCAUAUCCACCGUUUGUUUAUCUCCUCAUGUUCGAGCUUCUUCCAUGGAUCUUGCUUCUGAUCCCCUUUUCUUCUCCACUGUACAGAGAAAGAGAAGAAGAAGGAUAUGAUGAUGAUGACAAUGGAGGGGAUGAUGGAUAAGGGAGUGUUGGAUGAUAUAAUAAGGAGGCUUUUGGAAGGGAAAGGUGGCAAGCAGGUGCAGCUUUCUGAAGGGGAGAUCCGUCAGCUCUGUGUUAAUGCUCGUCAAAUCUUCCUCUCCGAACCUAAUCUGCUCGAGCUUCGUGCUCCCAUUCGCAUCUGUGGUGACAUACAUGGACAAUACCAAGAUCUCCUUAGGCUAUUUGAAUAUGGUGGCUAUCCUCCUGCUGCAAACUACCUGUUCCUCGGGGACUACGUGGAUCGAGGCAAGCAAAGUUUGGAGACAAUAUGUUUGCUUUUGGCUUACAAGAUAAGGUAUCCUAAAAAAGUUUUUCUCUUGAGAGGAAACCAUGAAGAUGCAAAGAUCAACCGGAUUUAUGGUUUUUACGACGAGUGUAAAAGAAGAUUUAAUGUUAGGCUUUGGAAAAUAUUCACGGACUGCUUUAAUUGUUUGCCUGUGGCUGGGCUAAUUGAUGAAAAAAUCCUUUGCAUGCAUGGUGGGCUAUCGCCAGACUUAGAAAAUUUGAACCAAAUAAGGGAAAUUCAGAGGCCUACAGAGAUUCCAGACAGUGGUCUCCUUUGUGAUCUUCUUUGGUCUGAUCCUGAUCCCAAGGUUGAAGGUUGGGCAGAUAGCGAUCGAGGUGUUUCGUGCACUUUUGGAGCUGAUAGAGUUUCUGACUUUUUGGAUAAAAAUGACCUUGAUCUCAUUUGCCGAGGUCAUCAGGUAGUUGAGGAUGGAUAUGAGUUUUUCGCAAAAAGAAGAUUAGUCACGAUCUUUUCAGCUCCAAACUAUGGUGGGGAGUUUGACAAUGCUGGUGCUCUUUUGAGCGUUGAUGAGUCUCUAGUGUGUUCAUUCGAGAUAUUGAAACCGGUCUUAGCUUCAAGCAGCUCCAACCCGCUACCGCUUAAGAAGCCCCCAAAAAUUGGAAAGGCUUGAUAUGGCCUUUGACAAGCUUUUUCCUCGAGAUUUUCUUUCAAUUCAAGUAGGAAAGAGGGGUGAGCUGGGCUCAGCUAGGGUUUUGGUUAUAUGUUUACAUGUGAGCUUGGCAAUGGAGGAGCCUUCCAUGAAUCAAAGCUUGCUGACCAUUUGAUUGCAAGGAGAUUGUUAUGAAGAGAGAAAAGAAAUCUGCCAAUCAACAAAAGAUCUGUCUAUUUUGUGUGCAGUGACAGAAGUUUUUCCUUUGGAUAUAUAUACAUGAAUAUAUGUAUGUAUCCUAUUUGAUCUCUUCCCAUGUACCUGUCGAUCAUCGAGAUGUCUGUGAGCGUUGAUCAUAGUCUUCGACCUUUUGUUGACAAUAUGUACAUCUAUCUAGUAUCUCAUUUUGUUUAAACUUUCAGGGAAUUCCAGUAUGGGUUAAAUGCCCUACUAAUUUAGUUUAAUCACAGGCAUUAUGUAUAAAAUCACCAAGGCAUUUUUGCCUUUCAAAAUGGUCA